AUGGAUAGUAUUACUCGGCUGGAAUCCUUGGCCAACGAAGUCGCCGCUGCCGCCAAAAGGUUAGCCGAUUACUGUCGCAACGCCGGCGUGGAUGGAUGGAGUCCACAAGUGGUCGUCCCGUCUGAGGCCCCUCGGGCCAUCCGUGAGAUACGACAGUUGCUGGUGAGCAACCUUGAUCACUUGCAGACGCUUCUCGCAGAGCCCGCAGACCUGGUGCAGCGACUAGCCGUGCAAACCCAACUUCUCGCGUGUCUUCAAUGGCUAGGGGAGUUUCAGGUGCUGGCUUGCCUCCCUCUCACUGGUAGCGUCACCAUCUCUGACCUUGCCCGCCUUUCCGGCGUUCCGGAGACGCAGCUAGGCCGGAUCAUACGCUUCACAGCCACGGUAGGAUUCCUCCAGGAGACUCAGCCGGGCCAAGUUGGUCACAGCCCGCUGUCCAGCCUGUUCGUCAGUCGACCGUCCCUGCGCGUCGCGAUCAUGUUUCUGGCCGAUUCGGCCGCACCCGCGGCGCUGAAGAUGGCGGCGGCGACCAGUCGAUUCGGUGAUACGGUGGCCAGCGACACCGACACUGCGUACAACCUCACCUUCGAUCAGCGACAACCCUUUUUCUUUUCAUGUGAGCAGCGGCCGAAGUUGCAACGUCGCUGGUCGGCGUACCUGCAACACACGGGGGGUGAUGCCAGCGACCUCGCCCGACAGGUGCUCGCCCGGGUGGACUGGUUUAAUCUGGACAAUGUUUGCGUCGUCGAGGUGGUUGGACCACAAUCCCCGAGCGCCGCAACGAUGCUUGCCCAGCUUCACCCGGCGCUUCACUUCAUUGUCCAGGAAGUGAGAAUCCCCAACUGGGGGCAUAAUGUUGCGCCGCGACAGGACGCCCGCAGUGUGCAGAUACGAGAGCUUGGCAGUCCGCAACGCGUCCGUGACGCCGCCAUUUACAUCCUAAACUUGAGCCCUUUACCCCAGUCUAUCCUCUCCACAUCGGUCCUGGCAGAGGUGCGAGCGCAUUUGAGUGUUCUAGCGGCGAACAGUCGUGCGACACUGAUUCUCACUGUGGGGCUCCUGCUGCCCAAACCGGGAGCUGUGGAUGCAAAUGUGGAGGCCAGCGUGCGGCUACAUGAUCUCUCACUGCUGCAAUUGGCUAACGAUCGGCUGAUGGAGGAAGACGAACUGGUCGAGUUCAUCCACGGCGUGGGAGACAGUGCAGGGCGACUGAUUGUAGUGAAUCGGCUCCACCUGCCUCACACAACCACUGUAGCUUUGGGGGUGAAGUAUCAAGCAGCCGGUCAUGGUGAUAUUUCUGUUUAG